UAGGGUUUUAGGCGAUGCGAUGCUAUGGAUCCUCACCCGGAAGCGCCAUUUCUCCCGAUCGGUGCCGCGGCAGAUGCUGGAGAGGAGCCUGGAUCAGCUCUUCGAGGUACGGCGGCCACAGCCGUGUCUUCCUCCGCCGCGAAAAUCCCCUCCUCUCUUCCUGGACGAGGAUCCCGCGCUCCCCAGGAUCAAUGCCGAUGUCUGGCACCAGCGGCCGUCGCAGUCCGUGGCCAGCGCGCUGCGCCUGGUGAGGAGCAGCGGCAGCUGGCAGCUGUGGCAGAAUCAGGGAUUAGGGUUCUUGGUGGAGUCGUCGAGCGUCGCGGAGAUUCUCGCCCGGCUUGGGGAUAAUCCGGAUGCUUGCAUCGCCUUCUUCAGGUAUGCCGCCUCGAAUCUUAGAGGACACAGGCACGGCACAAGAGAAUACAACGCGGUCCUCUGUGUUUUGGCCGAGUUUAAUCGGUUCCAGGAGAUUGGGAGUCUCAUGGACGAAAUGCGAGAAAAUAUAGAGCUCGCUGCUCCAGAUCGAGCGACACUGGGUAUUUUGCUCGCUUGCUACGGUAAAGUGAUGGUUCCGGCAGGGUGGCUUUUGGAAGCCUUGGUUCGACGACAUGGGGAAGCACAGCAGCUGCAAGAGAUGCUAGAGGUUUUUGCGAGGAGCCACAAGGUUGGGUGGUCUCCAUCGCUGGGCUUGUACGAGUACUGCGUCAACGUGCUGGCUGCGAAUGGAUUUCAUAGCCAGGCAUCAGAGCUUCGGGCACGAAUGCGUGUGGAGAGCAGCGAGGAUCGAUUCAAAGUCUACAAGGCCGGCAUCCUUGCUCUAGCUCGAGCAAAGAGGAUGGACUUGGCUGAGGAGCUGAUGAAAGAGAUGGAGGAGGGUGGAAACAAGGCCGACUUUUACGUCUACACCAGCUUGGUUUCGGGCCACUGUCAAGCAAAUCGUCCGGGUGAUGCGAUAGUUCACUACGAGCAGAUGAUCCAAGAGAGAAUGGAACCAAGCCUGGUGAUACACAACAUGCUCAUCGAUUGUUUGGGAAAGGCCGGGUACGUAGAUCGUGCUUGUUCGGUCUUCCAAGAGAUUAGCAAGCGGGGCCUCAAGCCAGAGCUGGUCACUUACAACUCGCUACUGGCAGUUCUGUGCAAGAAUGGUCGGAGGUACGCUGCCUGGAAGCUUUUCUUAGCGAUGAAAGAGGAAGACGGCAUCUCUCCAGACUGUGUCACGUACUCGAUUCUCAUCACCAACGCUGGGGAUGGAAGUGACAUAGCCGAGCCUUGCAGGCUGUUUCUCGAGAUGAUGGACUGUGGAUGUAGUCCGGACAUCGUCGUUCACAGCAGCAUGGUGAACUUGCUGUUCAAGUGUGGAGAUGUUCGGCAGACGCUGGAUUUCUUCAAACAGAUGGCACAGCGGGGGAAGCCACUCAGCGUCGCGGUGUUCACCAGCAUUAUCUUCUCCUAUGUCCGGUCGGGAAGGAUGGAUUCCGCGUACCUCCUCUUCCGUGGCCUCCGGGACGUGAGUGGCUACGUUCACCAGCGCAUCUACAACUCUCUCAUCUGUGGCUUCGCCAAUAUCGACGACGUGCUGCAUGCGUUUUCGCUGUUCAAGGAGAUGAAGGCCAACUCUUUUGCUCCGGACCAAGUCACGUACAGGACAAUGGUGGCUCUCCUGGCCAGGCACGCAAAGCUCUUCCAGGCUCAGGACACGCUCGAGGAGAUGAAAGCCAACGGCCUUACGCCCGACCUGGUGACGUACAACAAGCUCAUGGCCAUGCUCGGGGAGACUGGCGAUUUCAAGGGCGCGUUUAAGCUGCUCCAGGAUCUGGAGAGCUGCGGGCUUCAAGCAGACGGCUACACGUACAGUGCGCUUCUCCACAACUUGGGAAGGCACCGAAAGGUGAAGACCGCUUGCAAGCUUUUCGACGAGCUCGAGAACAGGGGCCACAAGCCGUGUGCCAUGACUUACAACGCGUACGUUGGCGUUCUCGCGAUGGCGGACAUGGUGAACGACGCCAACGAGGCUCACAGGAAGAUGAGAGAGCUGGGACUGCUCCCAGAUCUGGUAACUUACGACGAGCUCAUCCGGUUGAACGAGAGGUUUAACAACGAGCGCGAGGUGUUCGAGCUCCGGGGUGACAUGGCACGGCGGAAACUGUAUUACAGACCCCGGGAAAUGCCAGGUAUCAAAGACGAAGGCUAUAUCACAAUGAGUAGAAAGGUGCUCGAGAGAACGCAGGGUGGCCGUGCCAAGGAAAGAAGGAAGAAAAUCUUCUAGGAGACUAGAUGAGGCUUUGCGCGUGUGUCGAGUGAAGAAGCAAUGUAACUUUCAAGUGUCAUUCCUCAGAGAUAGAGGAGAGUAAGGCACCAUCCAAAUGUGUUCUGUGAACACCUGAAAUCUGUAGAAAUAUCCAGAUUGGAUCCACGAGCUAAGGUGGAGGCCAUGAUAAAUAUUUAUAUAUGGAGACCAUACAAAGUGGUAGUCAAACUGCCUCAAAGUUUAACAUGCUUGGGAGAGGAAGUCUUGGCGAGAGCAAGCAGAGUCUCGAUCACUCACGAGCCAUUCUUCAGCGUGUGAACAAGCAGAAGAAGACGCAAGAAAAACGACAUCGAGCAAUCACUUUAUCGUCCAGCAAGGUUGGCCAGUGGUUGAAAUCCUUGCAGGACUGACAGCCCUUGGUGUUUAGCGGCACUGAUUUUGAAAACUGGGCGAAAGAGAUUUCGUUCAUUUUUGUCC